GUUUUAGGUGGAGAAGAGACUGAAGGAGCUAGAGAAGGCCAGCAAUACAGCAGACUUGUUGAACUCCUUUAAAAAUCUUGGAAAUGACUUGAUGGACUUGGCAAAGCUGUCUGGAAAGAGACAAGCUGAUUUGAAAGACCCGCAGAGAAAAGAUGACAUGGCUGCUGCCCGAGCCACUCUGAAAGAGUCCAGUAAAAUGUUGCUGUCAUCAUCCAAGGCAUAUGUACGUCACCCUGAAGUAACUUCUGCUAAAGCAAACAGAGAUUUUGUCAUGAAGCAGAUGUCAGAAGCAGUGAAUGCAAUCUCAGGUGCUACUCAGGCCACCGGUGUAAGUGGACCACAUCCACUGGAGGCACCGGGGGCGUUAGCGACAGCUUUGGAUGACUUUGAUUCUCAAGUUGCCAUGGAUCCAACUUCAUACUCAGAGAAACGUACCCGUCCCACUUUGGAACAACGCCUUGAGAGUAUCAUAAGUGGAGCAGCGCAGCUAGCUGAUUCAAUGUCGACGAGAGAUGAUACCCGUGACAAAAUCAUUGCCAGUUGCAACGGAGUGCGACAAGCUUUGCAGGAUCUACUCUCUGAGUACAUGAAUCAUGCAACAGGAAAGAAGAAGGCCACGCCUGGUGGAUCCUUGGACCAAGCUCUGGAGAGAAUGUGUAAAAGAACAAGAGAGCUCAGAGGACAGUUACGCCGUGCAGUUGUGGAUCACGUAUCAGAUUCAUUUUUGGAGACUACAAUGCCGCUAAUCAUGAUGAUUGAAGCUGCACAGGCAGGGAAUGAGAGAGAAGUGGAAGAAUGUGCUAAGUUAUUCACAGAGCAUGCUGCUAAAUUAGAAGAGGUGGCCAAUCUCGCUUGCUCAAUGUCUGUGAAUCCUGAGAAAGUGAAGAUGGUGAGGCUGGCAGCCAAACGACUGCAGAAUCUGUGUCCUCAGGUCAUUAAUGCUGCUCGAACUCUUGCUGCCCGCCCACACAGUAAAGUCGCUCGUGAGAACAUGGAUGUGUUUAAGGAGGCUUGGGAAAAGCAACUUCAGGUCCUGACUGAAGCUGUUGACGAUAUCACUGGUAUUGAGGACUUUCUGGCUACUACAGAGGCUCAUAUUUUGGAAGAUGUCAACAAGUGUGUCCAAGCUCUUCAAGAGAAAGACCCUGAGAACGUGGACAGGGCUGCUGGACAGAUCCGUGGACGCACGGCCAGGCUUGAAGAUGUAGUCACUGCCGAAAUGGAGAACUACCAACAAGGGCCGUACACUGAUAAUGUGAUGAGGGCGGUCUUGGUUAUGCGGAAUGAGAUUAUUCCACAUUUUGCUCAGAAUGUUGAGCGUUCAGUGACGACACUGGCUAAAGAUCCCCAUGGAGAUGUGGAUGAACCACAGUUCAUUGAUGCUUCUAAGCUGGUGUAUGAGGGCAUCAGAGAUAUCAGGAAGGCUGUUCUUGCCGGAAAAAGAGAAAGUGGCGCAGGUGUUGGUGAGGAGAUAGAACUGGAGGAUGCAGCUGCAGAGCUUUUUGCUGAGGCACAGGUCCGUGCUAGAGAACAAGCUGCUUAUGAACAACUGAAAGCUAGUGGUAGACUGCAGUUUGAAGUACGUGCCGAGGGAGGUGAAGACGAAGGGGGAAUGGGUGUAGCCUCCAUAAAGGUAAAUGGCGUGGAACACUGUCCCAAGAAGCCUGGCCACAAUAUUGUUGUGCUUGAUCCAAUUGGUGAUGUCUACGCGGCCAGAAAUUUCAACACCAAUUCUGGCGAGGGUGCAGCCAUGGGACAGUUCUUAGAUGAGCUCCCUGAGGAUCACGUUGUUCUUGUGGCGACUCAAGGACUCACCAGCAGAGAGCAGGGUAACAAUGUUGCUACGGCUGCCCCAGCACUGGAGCGCCUUGGAGCCCAAGGACCAUUUGAUCCUGGUUAUCACGGAUCCUACGCAUUCUCCGGCUGCACUGGCCCUGCGCCACGAUUUUACACCAAAGCAGAAAUUCGGCCCAGGUACCAUGGACCUGCGAUUGUGGCGCAGCUCAUUCCUACUCCAGCUGCUCAGAAAGGAGUGGUUAAAGUCGCUAUUGUUGCUGAGGGUGAAGACGAUCCUAAGGGAACAGGCCGAACAUCAAUCAAAGUUAAUGGAAUUGAGAGAUCACCCAUGCAGCGGGGACAUAAUGUGGUCGUUCUGGACAGUGAUAGAAACUUUAUAAUGGCGGCGAAUUUUGACACAGCGGAUCCUUCUAAGGGGGAGGGUGUUAAGAUGGCGAAGUUCUUACAACAACUUCCCCAGGAGAGGAUAGUGCUCAUCGGUACCCAGGGGACCACUGGCACCUCGGUGAACGAUGCAAAGGAGGCGCUUUAUGACGUAGGUGCAACAGGGAAUGUUCACCCUGGGUUCCAUGGUUCAUGGGCCUUCGUCGGCUACACAGGCCCUGAACAAGCUAAAUGGGCCAAGACUGUAAGCGCACCACGACACAAGGGACCUGCUGUUAUCGAGGAGAUGAUAACCAGCCCGUCAGCAGAGGCUGAACUGAGUAAGAUAUUUACCAGAGUUUGGUGUAGAGGUUGAAAUAAGUAAGAUAUUUACCAAUUUAGUUUUGCUACGUUCAGCAACAGAGGCAGGGAUAAGUAUAGCACUAAUCAUCUAAAAUAAGUGAGAUAUUCACCAGAGUACACUGUAGAGGCUGAAAAAAGUGAGGUUUAUUUUACCAGUUUCAAUAGUGAUAACCCAGCAAAGGCUGAAAUAAGU